UGGCUAAAACUAGUGACAAUAAAGCCGGAAGACCUGAGAAGUUUGCUCAAGAAGGAAAAGCGCCUUCUGAACAGUUUAGAGUUAGUGGAGAGUUUCGUCAGUGACUUUGAUGAAGAGCGUGAUCGAAAAGAAGUUGAAGUUCGUUUGCAGCUGUUGGAAAGUGUUGUGAAUGAGUUCUUCGAUGUGCGUGAUAAGAUUGAAGUGCUAAUGGAUGAAGUUGCAGAUGACGAAGUUUCUGAUCCAGAGGAGUCAGAGAAGGCUCGAAAGGCGAGGCUGGAGAGUGCAUCGAAGAAGAGAGACGAGGAAGGUGAAGCCAUUACCAGUGAUGUGCAGAACCGUUUCUGCAAGGCCAAGGCAGCGUUGAUGGAGCGGCGUCCGAAGAAGCAGAUAGAUCGUCCUGGGGCGUCAGGCACGGCUGCCCGAAGUACCCUCUCGAGAGUGAAACUGCCUGAGAUCAAGCUACCAACCUUCGGCGGCAAACUUCGAGACUGGGUGUCGUAUCGCGAUGCAUUCAGAAGCUUGAUCCACCACAAUCGGGAGCUCACCGACAUGGACAAGUUUACGUACCUUCGUUCAUCGUUGACGGGCGAGGCCCUUCAGGAAGUCAGCACCGUUGAACUUUCCGCAGCAAAUUAUGCAGUUGCCUGGACUGCAUUGGAGGAGCGCUACCACAACGAGAAACUCAUCGUGAAGGCAUAUCUCGACGCCAUCUUUGGCAUUGAACCGAUGCGGAAGGAGAGCUACGAAGCGCUGAGCCAGCUCAUCAGCGACUUCGAGAAGAAUCUGCAGAUGCUGCAGAAGCUGGGACAGGACACCAAUGGCUGGAGCACUAUUCUAGUCCACAUGGUUUGUUCCAAGUUGGACGGUGUUACCCUGCGGUUCUGGGAGUCGUCGCACAACUCCAAGAACGUACCCACCUACCGAAACCUGAUGAACUUUUUGAAGAACCAUUGUGCAGUUCUUCAAUCAGUUGGAGUGAGCAAACCUCCCUCCGCCGAAGUGAAGAAGCCCAAGGUAAGCGUCAGCCAUUCGUCAACAUGCUUCGGCCGGUGCUGUUUCUGCUCGGAAGCUUUCCAUCCGGCGUUCAUGUGCAAGAAAUUCCAGAAGUGGAAGAUCUCGGAGCGCUACGAUGCCGUUCGGAAGAAUGGCCUGUGCAUGAACUGCCUAUCGUCGGGUCACUUGGCGCGGAACUGCAGCAAAGGAUCAUGCCGUCAAUGUGGGAGGAGACACCACACCCUGCUUCACGCUGAAAGCAACAGUGUCAACCCGCAAUCCUCCGUUCCACAGACGACAAAACGACCCCCAAGUGAACAACCAUCUCAGACACAGUAA